CUUGCUUUGAAAAAUUCUUUCGUUAGAUGCGAGGGAGAAGGAAAUUCCUGAGCCAUCUUUUAGGACUUCUUUACUCAGCUGAAGUCUUUUGCAGAAGUCCUGCAAGCCGGGAGGCCGACGUUUUUCGACUAAGGCUCCCAAGUGUAAAUGCAGGCCUCCCUGGCACGCUCGAUGGCGCUUUCCCCUCUGCGUUCCCCGGAGCUUCCUUCCGAGGGGUCUCCCGCGCUGGACCGCCAGGUGGCGCCCUUCUCGAAGGGAACUCACCUCAGUCACAGAUGGCGGGAGAGUUGCCGGGCAACCGAAACUGGGCGUUCCAAACAAUUGGGACCCGGGAUCCUCCGCGUGCGUUGUGUGCGGCUGCGCGGGCUUCCCAUCCCUCACACCAGCGGCUCACUCCGCAUUUUACCAUGCCUUUCACCCGAGACCCCUUACAGCACCCUACGUUGGAUAACGAUGAUACCUUCCUGGGAAAACUCGGGGCUUCCAAGAAACUGCCAUAUAAGAACCCAGCUCACCUUGCUCAGCAACAGGAACCCUGGAGUCGGCUCAGCUCAGCUCCCACAAUCACCUCCAUGAGGCGGGAUAUUUAUUUUUUUGAUCCUGAGAUACCAAAGGAUGACCUGGAUUUCCGCUUAGCAGCCUUGUACAACCACCACACAGGGACAUUCAAGAACAAAAGUGAGAUACUCUUACACCAGGAGACCACCCAGGAUACCCAUGGAAUCAUCAAGACCCAAUUCCCUGGAGAACUUUUACCCCCUCCUCCGCCACCUUCCAUCACUUCCCGAGCUAACAUCAGACACUGGAUCAACCCUAAGACGGAGUCUAUCCACAGCAUCCAGGGAUCCAUAGUGUCCCCUCACACUGCAGCCACCAAUGGAGGCUACUCCCGAAAGGAUGAUGGUGGCUUCUUCUCUACCUAAUGUUGACAGGUCUCUGGACUAAAUUAAUCAUAGUGGAACAUCCUGCUGCCCACCUCCAUUAAAUAGAAUUGUGCUGGA